GCCCAAGUGAGGUGCGCAGGCUUCUGCAGCAUGAUACUGUCUCACGAAGCUACGGAGGUGCUAUGUGCAAAGGAAAAGAGACCUGUUAGUCACUCCUCCCCACCUGCCUGCGUUCGCAACCGAACCUGACACCUCGGCUUCACCCGAACUUACAUACUGUUUUGUUUUCCCUCGAGCCCCAGCGGAUUGGAUCAAUUCAGGAGGCGGGUCCGCCUCUUUUCUACUUGCUGGUUGGCGAAGCUGACCUCUGAGGGCGGUGCCCGGCAGCGAAGAGUUUGCUUCUGGGAUUGGCUAGAAAGGUAGUUCCGCUGAGGCGUGGUAGGAAGUGGUAACCGUCAAUCACGAAGGGAGACUCCAAACAGUGAGCCUUGAGCUGGAGAACAGCGUUUACCGGCGGGGCGGCCGGUUUUGUGAAUGAAGCAAUGGCUACAGAUUCCCCCAGAAGACCCAGUCGAUGUACUGGUGGAGUGGUGGUGCGCCCUCAGGCUGUCACAGAGCAGUCCUACAUGGAAAGUGUCGUGACUUUUCUGCAGGAUGUUGUACCUCAGGCUUACAGUGGAACACCUCUAACAGAAGAAAAGGAGAAAAUAGUCUGGGUCAGAUUUGAAAAUGCAGAUUUAAAUGAUACAUCAAGAAAUCUGGAAUUUCAUGAAAUACAUAGCACAGGGAAUGAGCCUCCUUUGCUGAUCAUGAUUGGCUACAGUGAUGGAAUGCAGGUCUGGAGCAUCCCUAUCAGUGGGGAAGCACAGGAGCUUUUUUCUGUUCGACAUGGCCCAAUUCGAGCGGCCAGAAUCUUGCCUGCUCCACAGUUUGGUACUCAAAAGUGUGACAACUUUGCUGAAAAAAGGCCACUCCUUGGUGUUUGUAAGAGCACUGGAUCUUCUGGGACAAGUCCCCCUUACUGUUGUGUGGACCUAUACUCACUUCGUACUGGCGAGAUGGUCAAGUCCAUUCAGUUUAAAACACCCAUCUAUGAUCUCCAUUGCAACAAGAGGAUCCUCGUUGUAGUACUGCAGGAGAAAAUUGCUGCCUUUGAUAGCUGUACUUUCACAAAAAAAUUUUUUGUCACAAGCUGCUACCCUUGUCCAGGGCCCAACAUGAAUCCUAUUGCUCUUGGGAGCCGCUGGCUUGCUUAUGCAGAAAACAAGUUGAUUCGAUGUCAUCAGUCCCGUGGUGGAGCCUGUGGAGACAACAUUCAGUCUUAUACUGCCACAGUCAUUAGUGCUGCUAAAACAUUGAAAACUGGCCUGACCAUGGUUGGGAAAGUGGUGACUCAGCUGACAGGCACCCUGCCUUCCGGUGUGACAGAAGAUGAUGUUGCCAUUCACAGUAAUUCAAGGAGGAGUCCCCUGGUCCCAGGCAUCAUCACAGUAAUUGAUACGGAAACAGUUGGGGAAGGCCAGGUGCUUGUGAGUGAGGAUUCUGACAGUGAUGGCAUCGUGGCUCACUUCCCUGCUCAUGAAAAACCAGUGUGCUGUAUGGCUUUUAAUACAAGUGGAAUGCUUCUAGUCACAACAGAUACCCUUGGCCAUGACUUUCACGUCUUCCAAAUUUUGACUCAUCCUUGGUCCUCAUCUCAAAGUGCUGUCCAUCACCUGUACACGCUUCACAGGGGAGAAACGGAAGCCAAAGUACAAGACAUAUGCUUCAGCCAUGACUGUCGCUGGGUCGUGGUCAGUACCCUCCGAGGGACUUCCCACGUUUUCCCAAUCAACCCUUAUGGUGGCCAGCCUUGUGUUCGGACGCAUAUGUCACCACGAGUUGUGAAUCGCAUGAGCCGUUUCCAGAAAAGUGCUGGCCUGGAAGAGAUUGAACAGGAAUUGACAUCCAAGCAAGGAGGCCGCUGUAGCCCUGUUCCAGGUCUCUCGAGCAGCCCUUCUGGAUCACCUCUGCACGGGAAACUCAAUAGCCAAGACUCCUACAAUAAUUUUGCCAACAACAACCCUGGCAACCCUCGGCUCUCUCCUCUCCCCAGCCUGAUGGUAUUGAUGCCUCUUGCACAAAUCAAGCAGCCGAUGACAUUGGGGACCAUCACCAAACGAACAGGCAAAGUUAAACCACCUUCACAAAUUUCACCCAGCAAAUCGAUGGGCGGAGAAUUUUGUGUGGCUGCAACGUUUGGGACAUCCCGGUCAUGGUUUGCAAAUAACGCAGGUCUGAAAAGAGAAAAAGAUCAGUCCAAACAAGUUGUAGUUGAAUCCCUGUACAUUAUUAGCUGCUACGGAACCUUAGUGGAGCACGUGAUGGAGCCACGGCCACUCAGCACAGCCCCCAAGAUUAGCGAUGACACCCCACUAGAAAUGAUGACAUCUCCUCGAGCCAGCUGGACUCUGGUUAGAACUCCUCAAUGGAAUGAAUUGCAACCACCAUUUAAUGCAAACCACCCUCUGCUCCUCGCUGCAGAUGCAGUGCAGUAUUAUCAGUUCCUGCUUGCUGGCCUGGUUCCCCCUGGAAGUCCUGGGCCCAUUACUCGGCAUGGGUCCUAUGACAGUUUAGCUUCUGACCACAGUGGACAGGAAGAUGAAGAGUGGCUGUCUCAGGUAGAAAUUGUAACGCACACUGGACCCCAUAGGCGUCUGUGGAUGGGCCCACAGUUCCAGUUCAAAACCAUCCAUCCCUCAGGCCAAACCACAGUCAUAUCAUCCAGUUCAUCUGUGUUGCAGUCUCACGGUCCAAGUGAUACACCACAGCCCCUGUCGGAUUUUGAUACAGAUGAUCUUGAUCUCAACAGUCUCAGGAUCCAGCCAGUCCGCUCUGACCCAGUCAGCAUGCCAGGUUCUUCCCGUCCGGUGUCUGAUCGAAGGGGAAUUUCCACCGUGAUUGAUGCUGCCUCAGGUACCUUCGACCGGAGCGUGACCCUGCUGGAGGUGUGUGGGAGCUGGCCCGAGGGCUUCGGGCUGCGGCACAUGACCUCCAUGGAGCACACGGAGGAGGGCCUGCGGGAGCGGCUGGCCGAUGCCAUGGCCGAGUCACCGAGCCGGGACGUGGUGGGAUCCGCAACAGACACAGCCCUUGACGUAGCAGUACACACCGUCACCCCCGAGAGACACGUGGCUGGGAAGUGUGUUGGGAAAAAAAAAGGAAAAAAAAAACAAUGCCAACAACCCAGCGUCCGUGAGCAACCCAACAGUAACAAAGCGUGUGUUCGGGAAGGAGGAAGAACUACAGCGAGAGGGAAGCAUCGAGACUCUGAGUAACAGCUCAGGUUCCACCAGCGGCAGCAUCCCGAGAAACUUCGACGGCUACCGAUCUCCGCUGCCCACCAAUGAGAGUCAGCCCCUCAGCCUCUUCCCUACCGGCUUCCAGUAGGUACCAGCGACCUGCUUCUGACUGGCCGGCGCACUCACCUGCUGGAGGGAAGUGGGAGAAGCCCUCCACUGGUCUUCCCCUUCAGACUCUGCUCCUCUCUUACCAACCACCCUCCCAAGCUUAGUGACAACAGCCGCUCACCCUCCCUGGAUGAGAAGAGACCCUUCUCCGCAGCGCCUCGGCGCACUCUGACCUGUGCCCCCAUCAGCGGGGCUGUGGCCUGGAGAGACUCUGCAGCAACUCCGUCCCCUCCUCCUUUGCACACGAUGUCCCGCCCGCACUGGAUCUGCUUUUGUAUUUUCUAACCAAACCCUCGGGGGGGAGGGGGGGGAGCGUGGGGGGCAGGUCUGGGUGGGGAGAGGGUGGAUGGCCCCGCGGGCACUUUGACCCCAAGUGGGCAGCCCCAGCCCACUCCUGGCUUUGGCACUCGCUGCCCAGCUCCCCUUGGCCAAGCUCCCCUGGCGAGGGGGUGAGCUGAGGCCCAGAGUAUUUGGGAAGAAGGAAGGAAGGAGAAGCCCCCUUCCCCCUUGGCUGGUGGAAAGGAUUUGUCUUUCUUGUCUGUAAGCCCUUGCACCCUGGUCCUGUACUGUUCAGUGGAGGAAACCGUGGUUACCCAGGUCCUGUCAAAAAGUGCACGUCUCGUCCAAUAAAUCACGCUGCAAUUGGUGUCCA